AUGUUAAAUAAAGAAGGAGAUAUUCAUUAUGUUACAGAACGAUGUGAUGUACGUAUACAAUUUUAUGUCUUCGAUGAAAAUAAUCAAGAUUUAUCAUCAUCAAUAGCACAACAAAUUCGUUGGACAGUUCAUCCAAGUGCAUUAACUAAAAUUCAUUUAUUUACUUUUGAUGAUCAAGUUGCGAUUUGUAGAGAUGAACAACGUUUAAGAUAA